GCCCCCUAGCUGCUACCUGCUCGACUCCUCGGUCCCACCUGGACUUUCAGAGGACGCAGGAUGAGUCUGCCGGACUACAAAUCAACUGGUAGACAACCUUCAUCUGUGCUCUCGCGCUCUCCUGUGGUUCAGCUAAAUGUCGGGGGUCACCUGUUCAGCACCACACUGAGCACGCUCAGAAGACAUCCAGACUCCAAGGUGGCGGAGCUGUUCGGCUCUCAGCCCAAAGUCAGCACCGACGCUCAGGGACGCUUCUUCAUCGACCGCGACGGUUCCCACUUCGGAGCCGUUCUGGAGUUCCUGAGGUCGGAGAAGCUGCCGACGGAAAACAUCCAGGAGGUGUAUACAGAAGCGAUCCACUACAACAUCAAGGAACUGAUCAAACGUCUGGAGGAGACGCCUGAGCUGUUUGGGGAGCUGGUGGGGAGACAGCAGUUCCUCUCCAGGGUCCCGCACUACAAAGAAAACAUCGAGGUUCUGAUCCGUAUUGCCAGAGCGGAGGCCGUGGCCGCGCGCCGCUCCACCAUCCUCAUCUGCGUCAUGCGGACGGAGGACGACCUGGGUUUCUAUGACAACGCCGUAAACAGCCUGGAGGCGGGCACGGAGUCUGCGGUGACGUUCGGGCCGUGGAAGGCCGACCCGUCCGUCAGAGACCUGCUGGACUGCGUGAAGAUGGACAUCGCGCGUCGCGGCUACAACGUUAGCAUCGAGGCGCACGCGCCCGAGCGCAGCUUCCUGUCCAAGAGCUACGACUUCUUCUACAAACUCACCUUCACCUGGUGGUGACGAGGCGCCCGGGAACUAAACGACUGCACUUUAUUAAUUAAUUAUAAUGAGCUGCACCUUCUGCUUUUCUGAAGGAAUAUUGUUCAAUCAAAAUAAAAUACAUCAAUCUUUUUUUUAAAGGGGAUUUGUUAUGCAAAAUUCACUUUUUUUUUCUUU